AUGCCUCCCCUGUCGUUGAAAAGUGGCUCUACUGGUGAAAGAGCUGUACCCCCCGAUACCCUAGAGCCCAUCGCUAUUGUUGGACUCGCCACUCGGUUUCCCCAGCAAGCAAGCACCACUGAGGGUCUGUGGGAGCUGCUCUUGCAAGCUCGUUCGACAUGGUCGUCAAUCCCUAAAGAGAGGUUCAAUGCGGAUGCCUUCUAUCAUCCGGAUCCCGAGCACGGUGGCACUUUCCAUGUGCAAGGCGGACAUUACCUCUCAGAAGACCCAGCCUACUUCGAUGGCACUUUCUUCAACAUCACGAAAACCGAACUCCUCACAUUGGAUCCACAGCAGCGGUUGGUGUUAGAAAAUGUCCACCACGCCUUGGAAAAUGCAGGUAUUCCAUUGACAAGUGCCGUUGGCUCCAAUACCUCCGUGUUUGUCAGUGGUUUCAACCAUGACUACCUGGGAAUCCUCAACUCAGACCCAGAGACUACCUUGAAAUACAAGCCCACGGGUGUCACCAAUGCCAUUCUGUCAAAUCGUGUCAGCUGGUUCUUUGACUUCAAGGGACCCAGUAUGACCAUUGACACGGCUUGUUCCAGCAGCUUGGUGGCAUUGCAUCUCGCUGUACAAAGUCUCAGGGCCCGAGAGACGAAUAUGGCCGUCGUCAGUGGGGUGAGCAUCCUUGAAAACCCCGUGGAAACGAUCGGUAUGAGCCACCAUGGCUUGCUGGGACCUCAAGGCCGGUCCUUUAGCUUUGACGCCCGUGCCGAAGGUUAUGCAAGAGGCGAAGGCGUAGGUACUGUGAUAGUCAAACCUUUGAGUGCUGCUAUUCGUGAUGGCGACACCAUUCGUGCUAUCAUCCGCGAGGCUGGAAUCAACCAGGAUGGCCGCACCCCAGGCAUCACGGUUCCCAGCGCCGAUGCCCAGGAAAGACUGAUCCGCGAGGUCUACUGGAGAGCUGGUCUUGAUCUCGAACAGACAAGAUUUGUGGAGGCUCAUGGCACGGGAACGAGUACCGGUGAUCCCAUCGAAGCUGGUGCUCUUGCACGGGCUUUCAAAUGUCGUCGAAAGACUCCCCUGUACAUUGGUGCUAUCAAAUCAUCGAUCGGACACCUGGAAGGUGGCUCUGGAGUGGCGAGUAUCAUCAAGUCGAUUCUCGUGCUGGAGUCUGGAAUCAUACCCGCCAACUUUGAUAUGAAACAAGUCAAUCCCUCCAUACCAGUGGCAGAUUGGAACAUUGCUUUUCCUACGAAAAACAUACCAUGGCCAUCCUCAGGACUGCGACGAGUGUCAGUCAACUCAUUUGGAAUUGGUGGUACCAAUGCCCACUGCAUUCUUGAUGAUGCUUACCACUAUCUCAAGGACUGUCGUCUCACAGGUUCUCAUCGCACUUUGUCGACUGUCCCUACAAUCCAGACCAUCAACAGCCAGCUGACGGCCCUACCUCAACCAGAAACUGAGUCAGAUAGAGCCUUCUCAGACUCAGCCGACAAUGACGACUCGGGGUACGAGAACUCCUCGGUAAACAGCGAUGGAUCCUGCGCGUCACCCACACUGGGCACGUCCUUGACAUUUAGCAACAUGGACAAACAACCAAGAUUGUUCUUGUUAUCAGCUUUUGAUGAAGAUGGCGUCAAGAGAAACGCAGCUGAGAUCGCUAAGUAUCUAGAAAGAGCGGCACAGUCGGUUCACUAUGACCAUCUUCUGAAUGAUCUUUCUUUCACAUUGUCCAAAAAGAGAUCCCAUUUCGCCUGGAAGAGUUUUGUGAUGGCAUCCUCGGUCGAAGAACUCGCGUGGACUUUGUCUGAGUCGAAUUUUGUCAAACCAACCAGAGCCACGAAAGUGCCAGAAGUUGAAUUUGUCUUCACUGGUCAAGGAGCUCAAUACCAGGCCAUGGGUCGAGAGCUGAUGGUCUAUCAAGUCUUCAAAGAGUCUGUCGAGGAAGCAUCAGACUACAUCCGACGCCUCGGUAGUCCAUGGUCAUUACUCGAUGAACUCCUCACUGAAAGAGAGUCACGCGUCAACUUGCCCGAGAUCGCUCAUCCGAUAUGUACAGUCCUACAAGUUGCGCUGGUGGAUCUCCUGGCCAGCUGGGAUAUCUUCCCAACACAUGUGACAGGACACUCGUCUGGCGAAAUAGCUGCCGCCUACUGCUCUGGCAAGCUGUCCCGUGAAGCAGCCUGGAGGGUAGCCUACUACCGUGGCUAUCAACCGUACUUGGACUCUGUUCGGAGGGACAAUACUGGCGAGCUCAUCAUCGCCUGCCACAACAGUCCUGAGAACAACACUGUCUCUGGAGAUGAGGUAUUGGUUGAUUGUCUCAAGGAUCUUCUUGAUGCUGACGGCAUCUUUGCCCGCAAGUUGAAUGUCAAGAAUGCUUAUCACUCCGCUCAUAUGCAGGCCAUCGCCCAGGAUUACCUUCGCUUGAUGGGUGCACUUCCUUUUGGGAAGCGACUGGCAGCUCCACGCCCAGUGCAUAUGUUCUCUACUGUCACAGGUCAGCAAGUCAAGGAGGACCACUUGCCGGCUCAAUACUGGGUGGACAAUAUGGUCUCCCCGGUUCUUUUCACCAGCGGUUUGAUGGCCAUGACCUCGGUAUCAAGUUCCAGUAAUGGUCCGACAGAUGCCACUGAUUCUUUGCGCCUUAUUGUGGAAAUAGGGCCUCAUUCAACGCUUCAAAGUGCCAUCAAGGAGACCCUGGCGUCCAACAGCCCCAAGCUGGAAGUCAAGUACCUGCCCGCUCUCAAACGGACUGAUCAUAGUCUUAACAUUCUACUGACGACGGUUGGCUGCCUAGCUGCAAGUGGCUGUGCGGUGGACUUUCAUGCAGUAAACCAAGCUGUUCAGUCUAAGACGAAAAGGCGACCAAGACUCUUAGUGGACUUGCCUCCAUACAGCUUCAAGCAUACCGAGAAAAUUCUGUUCGAGAGCCGAUUGAGCAAAAGCCUUCGGACUCGAAAAUUCCCUCGACAUGACCUCUUUGGUGCACCGAUCACAGAUUGGAACCCUACUGCUCCUAGAUGGAGGCAGAUUGUUCGUUUGAACGAGAAUCCUUGGCUACGAGAUCAUAUGGUCACUGGCAACUAUGUCUAUCCCGGUGUCGGUUAUCUGAUCAUGGCGAUCGAAGCGUUACGACAGCUGGCCGGCGAAACAAAGAUAACGGGCUUCCAACUACGCAAAGUCAAUAUUCAAAGAGCAUUGAUCGUACCAGAUACGAAAGAGGGUAUCGAAGUCUCCCUGGCAAUGGCGACCGUGGAAGACUCCCAACCCUCGCGAAUGUGGCGACGGUUCCAGAUCACCUCCUACAAUGCAUCGAGCGACGAGUGGACAGAGCACUGUACUGGGCAUAUCACCAUCGAGCACGAGACAGCCGACCCCGUCGACGAUGGCCGCGCGGCGGACGAGGAAAGCAAAGCGUGGAAAACCGAGCUUUCUCGCGUAAACGAGACAUGCAAAUCAUCCAUGAACUUCAAAUCCACAUACAACAACCUCCAAACAUCCGGACUGAACUUCGGCCCUCUGUUCCGGAAUCUCGCCGAUGUUAGCGCAAGUGGUCGAGGACUUGGAAUGGUCGUCGGAUCAGUGACUGUCCCGGACAUCGCACAAUGCAUGCCAAAGCAGUUCUUGCAUUCUCAUCUAAUCCACCCAGCCACAAUGGAUAGCAUGAUUCAUCUGAUGAUCGCGGCUGUUCUUGACCAUACCGGAAAGUCGACUCUCGAUCAGAUCAGACUGCCAACGUUCAUACGCGAAGUCUGGAUUUCAGCAGAUCUGAAUCCAGCUCCCUCUCACAGAUUCAUGGGACAUGCAACAGUCUCUAUGACAACCUUUGACAGAUUCGAGGGCCAGAUCCGAGUCUUGGAUGAAGGGACAAACAUGCACCGCAUUCGCAUGGAUGGCAUCGAGCUCACACCGCUGGAGUCUGGACUUGCUGAAAGAAGCGAGCGGAAACUAUGCAGCACGAUAGAAUACAAGCCUGACGUUCACUUCUUGGACUCAGAGGCAGCGUGUGCAUUGACUUCUCUCGAGGGUACGGACGAGGCCGAGGCACGGUACUGGGUCAAGCGGCUCCAGCUUGCAACUAUGCUCUACGUAACGGAUGCACUGGCCGAGCUUGGAGAUGUCGAUGUUACGAAACUCGAUCUGCACAUGCAAAGAUUCUUCAACUGGAUGGAACACGUUCAAGCGAUGCUCGAGCGGAAUGAACUCACUCACCUGCGCUACAGCGAGUUCCAGGAAGUCGCUCAGAACCCGGCUCUAAAGGAAGCCAUCGGCAAAGAAAUCGAGACGCACAGUGCCGAAGGCGCCAUUACAGCCCGAAUGGGCCGCAACAUCGUCCAGGUUGUGCGACAAGAGACCGAUCCUCUGCAUCUCAUGUUCGGUCAAGACGCCGUGAUGGAACAGGUCUACAGCGAAGGUCUGCAUCUAUACAACCUGCCACAACAUCUACAAAGCCACUUGUCCCUCCUCCACCACCAGCACUCCGAGCUGAACAUUCUGGAAAUUGGCGGUGGAACUGGUAGCUUCACGGCUGAAGUCUUGGCUGUUCUCUCGCCAGACCCAGCGAAGAGCAAAGGAAAUAUCACAAGUUACACAUUCACCGAUAUCUCAUCUGGAUUCUUCGAGAAAGCAAAACAGCGGUUCCAGUCAUGGUCCGAUAUCAUGAGCUUCCAAGCAUUCGACAUCGAGUGCAGCCCCGUUGACCAGGGGCUUGAGCUGGGGAAAUAUGACCUGAUCAUCGCUGGGAACGUUAUCCACGCUACUGCGAGCCUGCAGAAUGCAUUACGGAACCUGCGGGCUUUACUGAAGCCUGGUGGCCAGCUGGUUAUGCAGGAGGGCAUCCGACAGGAUUUCCUUUGGUAUCCGCUUGUCUUCGGCCAGCUUGCUGGAUGGUGGUUGGGUGAUGAGCCGUGUCGACAAUUGUGUCCGUAUAUCCCGGCUGAAGAGUGGCAACAUUUCCUACUAGAAGCGGGAUUCUCGGGUAUUGAUAUUGAGUAUCCCAGCUCGAAUUAUCCAGAUUUGACAUGGCAGAGUAUUCUGGUUUCUUCCGCUGUUGCUCCGUUGGAAGUGUCAGCAAAAACUGCGGUCAUCUUGACGACGGGAUCAACGCGGGCCAUGAAGCCCAUUGAGUAUCUGUUGGACCUUCUACCGGAGCUGGGGUACAGCAGUAUUGUCGUCGAGCAGCCUUCAGCGGCCAUAUUGCCUGAUGCGCUUUACAUCUCCUUGCUUGAUCUGGAAUUACCUUACCUAUUCCACAUGGGUGAACCGGAAUACGAAAUACUCAAGAAGAUACUCGGCAAUUGCCAAAACCUGCUGUGGGUUACUUGUGAUCCACUCACACAGCCACGCGCAAGUAUGAGCCUCGGCCUUCUUCGAACAGUGCGCUGGGAGCGAGACGACGGUGGCUCGAACAUCAUCACCUUGACAGAAGGGGAGAAGACCCAGCCAGAGAUUCUUGCCAGAGCAGUCAAGAAAAUCGUCAAGCGACAAUUCAUCGAUAAGCCGGAAAACGACCGCCACGCUGAGUACAUUCUACGCGACGGUCUCAUUCACAUUGGCCGCUUAACCCAGCAUGACACUGCGGAUCAGUUCCUCGCUGCGCAGUCUUCCCAUCUAGCGCCUCAGCUUCAGCGUCUCGGAGAUUUCGGUCCCAUCGAGUUGCAGGAGGCUGCCUCUGGCACCGGUGUAUACCAAUGGAUCACAAACUCGCAUGAAGACCCGUCCGGAGACAGAGAGGUCGAGAUCGAGAUCCGUGCGAUUGGCCUCUCUUCAGGUACUUCCGGCCGUCUUGUGAAUGAGAUUACUGGAACCGUUACCAAUGCUGCGUCUGCGUCUAACGUCGAAGGCUUAGCUCCCGGUGACAGGGUCAUUUACAUCCCGGGUGACAACAAGGACAGCUGCAUUCGAACCCGUGGUCGAGCGGAUCAUCUGCUCCUCGCGAGAAUCCCCGAUGAGAUUUCCUUCGAGACCGCAGCUGGAUUGGCUUGGGGGUAUGCGACUGCAAUUCACGGACUGGCCGAGAUAGCCAAGCUGACGCCCGACAAUACACUCCUGAUUCACGCCGAAACAGAGAUCAGCCAUGCGGCUAUUCAAUAUGCGCAGAUGAUCGGGGCUACAAUAUACGCCACUGUUGCUACGGUGGAGGGGCGCGACCUGCUCGUCUCUAGCUAUGGAAUUCCCCAGGACCGCAUUUUCUCCAGAGUGGACUCCAGCUUCGCGAAAGGGAUCAUACGGUGCACUGGCGGAGCAGGUGUUGAUAUCGUAUUCAACACGAUGAGCGGCGAGGUACUCCGUGAUUCAUUGGAAUGUCUUGCUCCAUUCGGUGUAUUCGUCAAUGUGUUUACUCCAGAUCUUCGAGCAGAUACCACCGUCGAGCUAGCUGCUCUACCUCGAAAUGCAAGCGUCCACACCGUGAACAUCCCCCUACUGGCCGAACAUCGACCUACAGCCGUCCGUUCUCUGAUUAUCGAGGCGUUGAGACUAUACUCCGAGGGCAAGAUCGGUCAACUCGGGACGACAGUCAUGGACUUCACCCAGGUCAAAGAAGCCCUCUAUGCAGCGCGAAGCGGAGAAUCAAAGGUAGUCGUCGCACCGAGUCCCUCGAACAUGAUUCCCGUUAUUCCGCGACCAAAUCCCCCCUACCAAUUCUCCCCAGAUGCAUCAUACGUUCUCGCCGGAGGUUAUGGCGGUCUAGGUCGCAGUCUAGCACGCUGGAUGGCCUCCCGCGGAGCCAAGAACCUGAUCAUCCUGUCUCGUUCAUCAGCAUCAACACCGGAGAAAGCAGAACUAGCCAUUGAUCUCGGGAAAAUGGGAUGCAAAAUCCACUCCUUUGUCUGCGAUGUCGCCGACGCCGAGAGUCUGAAGGCCCUAGCCGACACAACCUUUUCAGAGUUACCACCUAUAAAAGGGUGUAUCCAGGGCUCCAUGGUUCUUCGCGACUCCACCUUCCCCAACCUCACAUACCAAGACUGGCUCGCAUCCACAACCCCCAAAGUCCACGGAAGCUGGAACCUGCACAAAACCCUCCCACCAAACAUGGACUUCUUCAUAAUGCUCUCCUCCGUCGCCGGCAUAUUCGGCAACCGCGGCCAAUCCAACUACGCAUCCGGCAACACCUUCCAAGACGCUCUAGCCGCAUACCGUCGCUCACAGGGGCAAAAUGCUUCGUCACUGAAUCUGGGCAGUGUCUCGAAUGUAGGCUGGGUAGCUGAGAACCGUGCUUCGAUGCAUACGCAUACGGCCACGCUUUUUCAGUUGUUGCGUGAGGGGGAGGUUCAUGCUGCUGUUGACUUCUUACUUUCACAUACAGGUGGAAAGAAAGAACAGCAAGCUCAGCUGGUUCUGGGGUUGCCGAGUGCGGAAAUUUGUCGGGCUAACGGUAUCCCUAUACCGGGGUAUUUGGAUUACUCUAUGUUUACGCAUUUCCGUACCGCUGAUGUGAAGGGCGAUGGGGAUGGCACAGUUGAGGAGAAUGCUGCUAUUUCCAUUUCUGUGCUACUGGGUGCCGCUGAGAGCGUCGAGGAAGCUGUUGACGUUGUUUGUAGCGCGAUUGUGGAGAGGAUUGCUUCUUUACUGGCUGUUCCUGUGAGUGAGUUUGAUGGGGCAAGGUUUGGGUUUGGGGGCAUUGAUUCGCUUGUUGCGAUGGAGUUGAGGGGGUGGAUUGUUAGAGAGUUGAGGGCUGAGGUUUCGGUGCUUGAUAUUAUGGGGGCGGAGAGUAUUAGGGGUUUGAGUGGGAAGGUUGUUGGGAGGAGUCGGUUGGUUAGGGUUCGGGGGUGUUGA